AUGCGGUUGUUGGAUUUGGAGGCUAUGCAUGCACCGAAAUUUCCUCAAUACAUGAAUGCAGGUUAUUAUUAUUUACGAGAAUACAUAUCUUGCUGUGUGAUUAUAGCAGAGCUUCUUGUUGCGGUGGAUGGUGAAUUCACAGUUGGAAUGGAAUUCAGUUCAAGGGAGGCAGUAAUCAAGGCGAUGAAGGAUUAUACCAUCCAUAGAGGUUGUGAUUGGAUGAUCCGGGUUACCAAAAUGCAGAAGAAGUACUGUUGGGAGAUAAGGAGGUACAAUGGUAGUCACACUUGUACCAGAUCUAGUAUUUCUCAAGACCAUUCGAAAUUAGAUUCCAAGACAAUUGCAGAAGCAAUUAAGCCGUUGGUAGAGGUUGACCCAUCUCUAAAGGUGAAAUCAGUCAUUGCGGAAGUACAGUCAAAAUUUAACUACACCACCAGUUAUCGCAAAGUAUGGUUGGCAAAGCAGAAGGUGGUGGAGUCAAUCUUCGGAGGUUGGGAAGCAUCGUACGAAGCCUUGCCCAUAUGGUUUGAGGCCAUGUGUCACAAGGAGCCGUCAGUAGUGGUUCACUUUGAAACAAUGUCUGCAUACCAGGGAGAUGAUUUGGUGGACGAAACUCAUUUGUAUGCAAAAUACAAGGGUUGUUUAUUGGUAGCAGCUUCACAAGAUGGCAAUAACAAUAUUGUGCCUAUUGCAUUUGCGAUAGUGGAGGGAGAGAAUUCUGAGGCGUGGUACUUUUUUUUAAGUAACUUACGCCAACAUAUGGUGACACACAAUGGUGUAGGACUUAUCUCUGAUCGACACGAUUCCAUCAGGUCAGCUAUUGCUCGCAAUAAUGGGGCUUGGUCUCCUCCUAUUGCUCACAGUAAUGUUUUGCCGGCGGUUCUUGUUGUUGAUCCUCCUGAUUAUGGACUGGAGCACCUUUGGAUUCUCUUGAAAUACGAAGUCCGAUAUCUGCAAGUGGGCACCUAA